AUGGCCAUCGAAACAAUACUUGUAAUAAACAAAUCAGGCGGACUAAUCUAUCAGCGGAAUUUUACCAACGACGAACAGAAAUUGAACAGCAAUGAAUACUUAAUUCUUGCUAGUACACUGCACGGUGUAUUCGCCAUCGCGAGCCAGCUGACUCCGAAGGCAUUACAGCUAACUCAACAAACGAACAUCGAAAAUACCAUCCCAUAUAUACCUUACGUGGGCAUGUCCAGCAAUAGGAGCGAUACAAGAAAUGGAGGUGGCAAUAACAACAAACACACUAAUAAUGAAAAACUGGGCAGUUUUAAAGGAGAUGAUUUUUUCAAAGAACCAUUUACGAACUGGAACAAGAGCGGAUUGAGACAACUAUGCACGGAUCAGUUCACGAUGUUCAUAUAUCAGACCCUAACCGGCCUGAAGUUUGUCGCUAUCAGCUCCAGCGUCAUGCCCCAGAGACAGCCAACUAUAGCCACCACCGACAAGCCUGACCGACCCAAGAGUACAUCCAAUUUGGCCAUCCAAAUAGCCGACAACUUCCUAAGGAAGGUUUACUGUUUGUAUAGUGACUACGUCAUGAAAGACCCAUCUUACUCAAUGGAAAUGCCUAUAAGAUCUAACCUGUUCGACGAAAAAGUCAAAAAAAUGGUAGAAAACCUACAAUAG